AAUGAGGGAGAAGAAGCAAAGGGCAGGAUGCGAGCGUCGGUCUCGCCCCUCAUCUCCAUCACCGUCUCCAUCCUGUGAGGUGUGUCUGCAGUCAGACAGACAGACAGACAGACAGACAGACAGAGGUGUCCGACUGGAAACGACUCCAUCAGCUCUUUGUUCACCCGGACCAUGGCGUCAAAAUGUCCAAAAUGCGACAAGACGGUGUAUUUCGCGGAGAAGGUGUCGUCUUUAGGGAAAGACUGGCACAAGUUCUGUCUGAAAUGCGAGCGCUGCAACAAGACGUUGAAUCCUGGAGGCCACGCCGAGCACGAUGGGAAGCCUUUUUGCCACAAGCCGUGCUACGCCGCCCUCUUCGGACCGAAAGGCGUGAACAUCGGCGGCGCCGGCUCCUACGUGUACGACAAUCCUGUCAACGAGGCCCCGGCUGCCGUUUCCCUGGAAACAGAUGGAAAACCAGAGGAGGCGAAAAAGGCCCCCGCACGGGGACCAGUGAAGGCUGCGAGCUUCUCAUCUUUCUCCGGAGGACCCAACAUCUGCCCCAGGUGCAACAAGACAGUAUAUUUCGCUGAGAAGGUGUCGUCUCUGGGGAAGAACUGGCACCGGCCCUGUCUGCGCUGUGAGAGGUGCAGCAAGACUCUGGCUCCAGGCAGCCACGCAGAGCACGACGGACAGCCGUACUGCCACAAACCGUGCUACGCCGUGCUGUUCGGGCCCAAAGGCGUGAACACCGGAGGUGUCGGCAGCUACAUCUACGACGAGCCCGAGGCUGAGGCUCAGCCCUGAGCCUCCAGACAGAGUUCCACCUCCAGGACCCUCGACGUCUCUUUGAUUUGCCGGACAGUCACGGUGACAAGCGACAUGUACUGCGCUCACAGGGAUGGAUAUUUAGAUGUUUAUGUUGUAUUUGUAUAUGGUUUAUAGUAUAUCUAUUUUUUGUACCGAAACAAACCUUUAACAUGUCCUCCCAUGUGAGCUACUGAUUUGCCUUUAAGUUUCUUGGUUCUCUUUGCCAAAUUAUGAUGUAGUAGAGUAAAGCAGCUGUGUUUUUUUCACUCCUCAUGAAGGGUUUUACAGACUUUUGUGCACUAAGAAGAUGUAUGGAAAAAAGAAAAGCACCCCAGUCCAAUAAUUUACUGUCAGUGUUUCUUGAAUGGGUUCCCCCCCAGGUUCAGUAAUAUAGGGAUGAGAUGUAGACUGUACACACAGCAACGUGCGUUUUUACUGAAUGUUUUGGAGGUGAGUUUGGGGUCAGUUGUGAGCAGAAAAGUCACAUUUUCUACAGUAAAAUCUGUGUGAUAACAAA